AUGGUUCCGUCCAUUUCCGACCGGGAUCAGGCCAUAACGCCUACGACCAAACGCCCCGAUCAGGAAAUCCCCGAGCAAACGUCCAGACAGCAGGACCUCUACACCUCAGAAUCCUCUCUCAAUGCGAUAGCUGCGAUUUCUGACUCGCCAUCGCAGUACACCUCCUUUUCUAGCUCCGACAAUGAGGAGGCCGUACACAGCUCCGACCCGGAUCUCGACCCCGAGGUGAACGAAGAUGCCGCCAGCGAGGUCAUCGGCGUCAGCAUUAGUCGCGCCCAGAGCCGCAUGAAGGCGCGUGCAACACCCGCCGAAGAGAAGAACCGCGUGCUCGAACAGCAGGGAAACUACUUUGUGCCCAUCCCAGAUGCCACCCGUGAAAACGGCCUGUUUGUCUCGGACCUAACGGAGGAGCCCGAACCAGUGAAAGACAGCCCUCCCCGGUUUCCCCAGCGUCUUCCCCAGCGUUUCCCACAGCGGUUUCCCAAUAUCGAGAUUGCAAAAAAUCGACGGCCUCGCGACGAUGCGGCCGCGUCUCACCCUCCCGCUCAGACUGUGGAGCCAGACCCGCGCGCCGGCCCCCACGGAGACGAUACUGCAGUCGUCUCGAAGGAUUCGGCUGGGGCCCAACGCUCGAGCUUUACACGGUCGUUGCUGAAAAAUUCGUUACCUCUUCGACCGCGCUCCUGGUCGAAUGAGCUGAAGAAGAUUCUCCCGGAUCUGGGCUCGCUGGCCAAGCGACCCUCAUUAUCUUUCCGUUCGGGAAUAACGCAGCAUAAUCGUGGUCGCAGUCAGACGGCCGAGGGGUCCCCGUAUAAGCAGACGGCUCGCGUGCCGCAGCGAACCACUUCAUUGGUCUCUCGCCAUCCCCAGUCGCCCCGCACCAGUGAUCUGGAGCAUGAUGACGAGGACGGCGAUGAUGCUCGGUCGAUUUCUGAGUUAAAGCCGUUGGAAGGGAGCUCCGCGGUGAAACAUUCGUACUCGCGACGACCUAGUACCACCGGACCUCGGCGACCGCCAAGCUUGCGACGGUCCUCGUCGGACCAAUCGCUUUACUUGCGUGCGUCGUCCACGGCGUCUUCGCUGGAGCAACGGCCGCGCUAUGAGAACGUUCAUUCGCAGGUCAAUAGUCGGUUCAAGGCGAUUAAAGAUUCCUUGCAGGACUCGAGUAGUCGGCUGCUUAGUAUGCCUACUUUGAAUCUCCACGACAUCCGCAAUGAUUGGACGUCGAAGCCUUUCUUCAUUGAUCGUGGAAGCUCGGUUGGCGCUUCGUCUGCCGCGAAAGACAGGGCUCUGAAUGGGACGCAUACCCAUACAGAACCGCCGUCCCCGCCUCCACCGCCAAAGAACCAUCCUCAGUCGACUCAUCCUGUCCUAGAGGAGGCAAUGAGGGAGUUGACGGGUGAUGUUGUGAUUCUCGGAGGCUACCGGGGCUCAAUUCUACGGUCUGCCAAACCCCCUCACCAACAACUUUGGGCACCGAUGAAAGUGGGAUUGAAUCUCCGCAAGGUCGACUUGGAAGUAGGGCUGACUCGCGAGGACGAAGAGAACAUGGAGGAAAAGAUCAUUCCAUCUGGUGUUUUAUCACACGUUGGCCCUGUCGACGUGUGUAGGCGACUCAUCAAGCGCUUGCAGAAAUGCGACAACGCUAUUCGCGGCGAUCUCCGUGUCUGGAACUACGGCUACGACUGGCGUUUGAGCCCAGACUUAUUAUCACAGAGGCUGAUCGGGUUUCUGGAGAACCUUCCAUCAAAUCAAUCAAACAAUACCCGACGCGGCGCAUAUGUGAUUGCCCACAGCCUCGGCGGCCUCAUCACCAGACAUGCCGUGAACCAACGACCUGAUCUCUUCGCCGGCGUCGUCUACGCCGGCGUGCCACAACACUGCGUUAACAUCCUGGGUCCUCUCCGCAACGGCGACGACGUGCUUCUCAGCUCGCGCGUCCUGACCGCACAGGUUAACUUCACCUUCCGGACGAGCUACGCCCUUCUCCCAGAAGACGGCCACUGCUUCAUAAACAAGCAUACCAAAGAAGAAUACCCCGUCGACUUCUUCGACGCCCGCAACUGGGACGAAUACCGCCUGUCCCCCUGCAUCCGCUUCUCCCUGGGUGGCCGUGAGGACCACGCUUCCUCUUCCGACGCUCAGUAUGACUCAACCACAGAUGAAGAAUCGUACCCUGGCAAAACUCCCCCUACCCCCCAGCACAGCUCCACAGCUCCGCUCCCGGAAGCCGCUGUCGCAAACGCUUCCGAAAAGCUCCACAGAGUUCCCUCUGCGGCCGACGGCAUCGUCGGCCCUGUCCCGCAUCCACGCGGAAGCUCAGGAACCAGCAAAGCCUCGACAACAAUCACCAUUCCGCGCGCUGCAGCGGUCGAGUACCUGGAGCGGACGCUCGCAGAGGUCAAACACUGGAAAUCCGGCCUGGAAUUCAACCCCGAGCACCAGCAGCAGAAUAAGUAUCCGCCUGCCGCAGUGCUUUUCGGCAAGAGCGUUCCGACUGUCUACGGUGCCCGUGUCACCUCACGCGAGGCGAUCAAGCACCAGGAUGCGUACGAUGACCUGGCCUUCGCAGCGGGCGACGGUGUCUGCCUCGCCUCGGCAGCGAUGCUACCGCCAGGGUACCGAAUUAUCAAGGACGGGCUUGUCAAGAGUGACCGGGGUCACGUGGGGCUCUUAGGUGAUCUGGAGGGGGUUGGGCAGUGUCUCAGGGCUAUUGUGUGGGGGGAGGAAGGAAGGCGUUGGCAUGGGAGCUUAUAA